ACACCGUUUGGUUUCCUGAAACCAGUAGAUCGGAGAUGAUCCAACGGUCUGAAGUAGAUGAAGAUCAUCCCAACUGCAAAACAGCUGUUUUAUGCAACACAGUUGGGCGCGAAAUACAGUUUUCUUUUUCUGGACACAAUUUUCUAGAGAGAGAAAAAAACAAAUUUUCAAGUUCUAGAUCGUUUUAGUUUCCACUUUUUUCGUGUUUUCUUCUUUUCUCUUCUCUCUCUCUCUAAAAUUUAAAAUCACUUAAGGUAGGGACUAGGGUUUUGCUCGUGCCACCCAGAUCUAUAUUUUCAGCUACUAGGUUUUACAAAUUGGAAGAAGAAAAAAAAUUCAGCAGAAGAAGAUGAGCCGAGUGGUUGUUUCCGGAGGGUGUCGUUCCGGAAGAGAUUUUCAUGGAGGUUUUCGAUCAGUGAAACGGAUAACUCAUCAGGACAGAGGUAAUUACUCGAAUAGAUGUGAUUCUGGUAAACCUAAUUAUACUGUUGAGUUACACUCGGAUACCAAGAGAUUAAAAACCAAAGAAAUUGAUGUGAUUAUGAAAGAGUGUAGAGUAGGUGUGAGUAGUUAUGAUAGUGGGUAUGAUACUUUUCCAGAAGGUAAAAUUCCGAUUAAAUUGUAUUUUAGACAAUGGAAUGAUGCCUUAGAUACAAUUAUUAGGUUCUGGAGUAAAAGAUUAGAAGGUGUUUAUAUUUACCCAAUUCUGAUACCUAACCUGUUUGUUUGCUCUGAAAAAGAUGAGAUGAUGGAUAAAAUGAAGGGUUUAUUUGUUAAAUAUGUCAAGGAAAAAGUGUUGGAAUGUGAAAUUGCAAGGGAAUUGGGUAAGAAGAUCAAAGAUAUUUCUAAUGAGAUUGCGGAUAUACAAGCGUUUUUGAGAGGACAUGUUAGUUUGCAGGAAUUUAAUGAACAUAUAGCCAAGAAAGAUAAGUUGGUUGCGGAUAGGGAGUUGAUUAAAAAGAGAUUGACUGAAUUUAGGGAAGCAAUGAAUUGUAUACUUGGUCAUUUACAGGACUUGCAAGUAGAGGGAAAUGGAUAUUCUAGUGAAAUUGAUGUUUUUAAGUUGAAUAAAGAUGAUUUUAAUUGGAGUCAAAUUCAUUAUGUGUUGAUGCGAGAGUGUAGACGGCUCGAAGAGAGUUUGCCAAUUUAUACCUCACGCAGGAAGAUUCUGGAGAAGAUACAUCUGCAACAGGUAAUCGUCUUGAUUGGAGAGACUGGUUCUGGAAAGAGUACACAGUUGGUGCAGUAUCUUGCUGAUUCUGGACUAGUGGGUGAUGGGUCCAUAAUAUGCACCCAACCUCGCAAAAUUGCUGCUGUUUCGUUGGCACAAAGGGUUGAGGAAGAAAGUGACGGGUGUUAUGAUAGUAAUUCUAUCAGCUGUUGCCAGUUUUACUCAUCUGUGCAGAAAUUCAACUCCAAGGUUAUAUUUAUGACAGAUCACUGCCUACUGCAACACUAUAUGAAUGAUGAGAAAUUGGCUUCAGUUUCAUGCAUCAUUGUUGACGAGGCUCAUGAAAGAAGCUUGAACACAGAUCUGCUGUUGGUGUUAAUUAAAGGGUUGUUACUCAAGAGGACUGAACUGAAACUUAUUAUAAUGUCUGCAACAGCUGACGCAGACAAGCUUUCUGCCUAUUUCUUUGGGUGUGAUACAGUUCAUUUGGCUGGGAGAAACUACCCUGUUGACAUCGAAUAUGUUCCCAGUGAAUUUUCAGAGGCUUUCUCAACUUUGAGACCCUAUUCUGGUAACUGUCCUCUAUAUGUGUCUGAAGUUGUUAAAAUUGCAACCAGGAUACACAAAACAGAGAAAGAGGGUGCUAUUCUUGCUUUUCUAACUUCCGGGAAUGAAGUAGAAUUGGCUUGUGAAAAUUUUGGUAUUCCAGAUGCAAUUCCAUUGCCUUUGCACGGAAAACUAUCUUCGGAAGAACAAAGUCGCGUGUUUCAGAAUUACUCUAAACGAAAGAUUAUCUUUGCAACAAACAUAGCCGAGACUUCCUUGACUAUCCCGGGUGUUAAAUAUGUGGUCGACUCUGGUAUGGUUAAGGAAAGUAGGUUUGAACCCAGCAGUGGUAUGAAUGUUCUUAAAGUUCGUACGGUCAGCCGGAGUGCUGCAAAUCAACGAGCUGGUCGUGCUGGUCGAACAUCACCAGGCAAGUGUUACAGGUUAUAUUCCAAGUUUGAUUUUCAGUCGAUGCCCUCACAUCAGGAACCAGAGAUUCAAAGGGUUCACUUAGGAGUUGCAGUUUUAAGGAUUCUCUCCGUAGGCGUUACAGAUGUACAGGAGUUUGAUUUUGUUGAUGCUCCUAGUCCUAAGGCAAUUGACAGAGCCAUCAAGAAUCUAAUCCAGUUGGGUGCUAUUUUGGUGGAUAAUGGUGUUUUUAGAUUAACUGACACUGGUAGAAACAUAAUAAAAUUGGGAAUUGAGCCCCAGCUAGGAAAAUUAAUCCUCGAUUGCUGUCACUUCCGUUUGCGUAGAGAAGGCGUCGUUCUUGCCGCUGUUAUGGCUAAUGCUAGUUCUAUAUUCUGCAGGGUCGGAAACGAAGAAGAUAAGUUAAAAUCAGAUUGCUUUAAGGUGAAAUUCUGCCAUCGCAACGGAGACCUCUUCACUCUGCUCUCUGUAUAUCAGGAGUGGGAGACCGUGCCUCCAGAGAAGAAAAACCAUUGGUGCUGGACAAACAGCAUUAAUGCAAAAUCCAUGAGAAGAUGCAAAGACGUAGUACAGGAAUUGGAAUGUUGUCUUAAAAAUGAUUUUGACAUUAUUGUCCCAGGUUACUGGUACUGGAAACCAGGCGAAGAAUCUGAGCAUGAUCAAAAUUUGAAGAAGGUUAUACUUUCAUCUCUUGCAGAAAAUGUGGCCAUGUAUUCUGGGCAUGACCGACUUGGUUAUCAAGUGGCUUUAUCUGGAAAGCAUGUUCAACUUCACCCUUCAUGUUCAUUGCUGGUAUAUGGUCAGAAACCUAACUGGGUAGUCUUUGGGGAACUUAUAUCCAUGUCGCAUCAGUAUUUGGUGUGUGUUACAGCUUUUGACUAUGAAAGCCUUUCUUCUGUCUUUCCUCCUCUUCCAUUUGAUAUCUCACAGAUGGAGAGAGGGAAGCUUCAGAUGGCUUUAAUUACUGGAUCUGGCAAUACUGUUUUGAGAAGGUUCUGUGGAAAGGCAAGCAGUUCUUUACUUCGCCUUGAAUCACGCCUUCAAACAACUUUCAAGGAUGACCGGAUUAAUAUUGAAGUAACUGUUGAAGGAGGAGAGGUUCGAAUAUUUGCUUCAUCAGAACAUAUUGAAAUGGUUUGUGGUGCUGUGAAAGAAGCUUUGGAUCUCGAAAAGAGAUGGUUAAGUAAUGAAUGCAUUGACAAACUCUUGUGCCGUGGGGGCCCCAGUGCUCCUCCUUCUGUAGCUUUAUUUGGAGCUGGUGCUGAAAUCAAGCACCUGGAGUUGGGAAACAGAUAUUUAGCUGUCGAAGUUAUCUACGCAAAUGCUUCUGCUGUUGAUGAUAAGGAACUAUUAAUGUUGUUUGAGGAACGUGUAUGUGGUGUUUCUGGUUUCCACAAGUAUGGGGGUAACAAUGGGCAGGAUCGUGAGGAUUUUGACAGGUGGGGCCGGAUAACGUUUCUUGCUCCAGAAAGUGCUGAAAAAGCUGUUGCAGAGCUGAAUGGAGCUGAAUUUGGUGGUUCUCUUUUGAAAGUAUUACCUUCACAUACAAAGAUGGGGUCUGAUCACAGAACAAUACCAGAGUCUGGUAUUAAGGCCAGGAUUUCAUGGCCACGCAAGUACAGUAAAGGUGUUGCUUUCAUCAGAUGUGCACUCGAAGAUGCCCAGUCUAUUAUUGAUGAUUGUGCGAACCUCGUAAUCGGUAGAAACCAUGUUGUAUGCGAGAUCAGCAAGAAAUACCAGGAUUCAGUCGCAAUAUCUAAACUCGACAAAGAGGUCUCAGAGUCAGAAAUCUUUGAAAUUUUAAGAAAUGUAACAAGUAAAACAAUUCUGGAUGUUCACUUGGUGAGAGGAGAUGCUGUACCAGACCUAUCAUGGGCUGCUUGCGAAGAAGCACUUCUUAGAGAAAUUGCUCCUUUCAUGCCUAGCAGGGUCCCUCUUACCAGUUGUUGUCGUGUUCAGGUGUUCCCCCCUGAACCAAAAGAUUAUUCAGUGAGAGCCUUGAUCACAUUUUAUGGAGGAUUAUAUCUGGAGGCAGCGAAGGCUUUGGAUAACAUCAGAGGCAAAGUACUUCCAGGUUGUUUCUCAUGGCAGAAGAUCCAGUGCCAUCAGAAGUUUGACAGUUCAGUAUCCUGUCCUGCUGCUGUCUAUUCUUUCAUCGGGAAACAUCUAGAUUCUUUAUUUGAAAGCUUCAGUGGACGUGACGAUGUUUACUACGAUACUGAAAGAAAUGAGAAUGGCUAUUAUCGAGUGAAGAUAUCUGCAAAUGCCACAAGAACUCUUGUGGAAUUUAGAAGGCCACUGGAAGAGCUAAUGAAAGGGAAGAUUAUAAAUCAUGCUAGCCUUACUCCACGAACAUUGCAGCUCCUUUGUUCUUUAGAUGGAGUAGGUCUAAUGAGAUCAAUACAGCGAGAGACGGGGACAUAUAUUUUGCAUGAUAAACAGCGAAUGAAUGUUAGGGUUUUUGGUCCUGAAGAUAAGGUUAGUAAGGCUGAGCAUAUGCUGGUGGGGUCCCUAGCAAGUCUUCGUGAACGACGACAACCUGAGAUCCGUCUCCGAGGUUCACAUCUCCCUUAUGAUCUAAUGAGAGAAGUUGUUUUGAAGUUUGGGCCCGAUCUUCAUUGGCUCAAGGAGAAGGUUCCUGGUGCUGAAAUUACAUUGAACAUACGCCGGCAUGUUGUCUCCGUCCAAGGGAACGAGGAUAUGAAGAAAACCGUGGAGGAGAUGAUUUAUGAUAUUGCACGUCCUCUUACUGGAAAUUUGCUUUCUGGGUCUGAAGGUGAAGAGUCUGCUUGCUCCAUUUGCUUGUGUGAGCUGGAGGAAUCUUACCAGCUUGAAGCAUGUUCUCAUAGGUUCUGUAGGUCGUGCUUGGUGGAGCAGAUUGAGUCCGCAAUUAAGAACCAGGAUUCAAUUCCAAUAUGUUGUGCCCACAAAGACUGUAAGAAUCCAAUACUCCUAACAGAUCUCAGGUCUCUGGUUUCAUCCGGUAAGUUGGACGAGCUUUUUAGGGCUUCUGUUGGAGCAUUUGUGGCAUCAAGUGGUGGCAUUUACAAGUUCUGUCCGUCUCCCGACUGUCCAUCUGUUUAUCGUGUAGCAAAUGCUGAAGAAACAAAUUCAGCGCCAUUUCUCUGUGGUGCAUGCUAUGUCGAAACAUGCAGAAAGUGCCACCUAGAAUACCAUGCUUGCUUAACGUGCGAGGCAUACAAAGUAUUCAAGGAAGAUCCAGAUUCUUCGUUACUACAAUGGAGGAAAGGGAAGGAGAAUGUGAAGACUUGCCCUAAGUGUGGAUACACAAUAGAGAAAGUAGAAGGAUGUAACCACGUUGAGUGCAGGUGUGGGGGUCAUAUUUGCUGGGAAUGUUUGGAGUCCUUUAAGAGUAGCGAUGAUUGCUACAACCAUCUGAGGGAUGUUCACAAGUCCAUUGUUUGAAAAUUUUAGUGUAGUUUUCCGUAGAAAAUGAGAAUGUACAAAUGGGAAUGGGUUGUAUAUGUGCGUAUGUAUAGUACUACCAAGCUAGUUACGUCAAUGUAUAUGGAUUUGUUUCGUAAACAGACAUUGUCUGAAAAAAGCUAUUUAACGGGGAGAUGGAUGUGUUAUCUUGUCCGGUUGAAUUUUUUCU